AUGAGCACGUCUCCAUCGGCGUCUAUUCUGAAAAAUACCGAUAUUCGCGUAGUCUGGGAAAGGAGCGGUUCACGGAAUAACAGCUCAGCGAGCACCAAGCCCUUUCUCCACUCCGCACCUCCGUCUGACCCACUACGGCAAGCGAGCAGACUCCCUAUCAAGAUCUUGAAGAUGCUUACUGCACGCUCGGGACACAUUUUGCACCCGGAGUACCUGCAGCCUUUGCCUUCGACACCAGUCAGUCCCAUCGAGUUAGAUGCCAAGAAGAGUCCGUUGGCACUUCUGGCGCAGACAUGCUCUCAGAUUGGCAAACCGGACCCACCGCCUUCUUCUAAAUUAUCCUCCGUGACGCCAAAUGGAUCUAGUGAGAAGGAAUCUAAAUCUGGCCCUUUGAAACUCAGCGACAUCGGUGUGGAUGACAAAUCAAGUUUUAAACCAUACUCCAAGCCUUCCGACAAGAAAGACUCGUCCUCGGGAGGAGAGAAGACUGGUUUCCGAGUGCCGAGCGCCACCUGCCAGCCGUUCACGCCGCGCACAGGCAGUCCCAACUCCAGCACGUCCGCCUCUCCUAUGCCGACAGAGGGCAAGUGUGGAGACAGAGACGACAAGAAGGAGGCAGACUGUAACAAAAAUGGCAGCUCGGACAGCUCAGGCACCACGAGUCACAGUCGGAUAAGUGUAAGUUGUGGUGGAAUUAACGUAGAGGUGAACCAGCACCAAGAGACGACGCCUGGCUCUAAAAACACUUCCUCCUCGGAGUCCUCUUCUGUAACUUCUGUUUCCUCUGCGUCUGUUCUCGGUUCAGGACUUGUAGCCCCCGUUUCUCCAUACAAACCAGGACAGACAGUUUUCCCCUUGCCUCCUGCUGGCAUGACGUACCCGGGGAGUUUGGCCGGGGCCUAUGCGGGCUACCCUCAGCACUUUCUGCCCCACGGGGGAAGUCUGGUGAACGCACAGUUAGCCAGCUCUCUGGGCUGCAGUAAGGCCGGCUCCAGCCCGCUGGCCGGGGCCUCUCCACCCUCCAUCAUGUCAGCCAGUCUCUGCAGAGACCCUUACUGCCUUAGCUAUCACUGUGCCAGUCACCUGGCAGGCGCUGGGGCAUCGUGCACGCACGAGUCUGCAGCCGCGGCCGCAGCGAACGCCCUCAAGUCCAGUUACCCCCUCAUGUACCCCACGCACCACAUCCACGGAGUCCACUCCUCAGCCCCCUCUUUUAGCGGACACCCCCUGUAUCCAUACGGCUUCAUGCUCCCCAAUGACCCCCUGCCUCAUGUGUGUAACUGGGUUUCUGCAAACGGACCGUGUGACAAGCGCUUUUCCAGCUCUGAGGAGCUGCUGAGCCACCUGCGGACUCACACUGCGUUCACCGGGGCCGACAAGCUCAUGUCGGGCUAUCCUGGCUCUUCGUCCUUGGCCAGCGCUGCUGCAGCCGCCAUGGCCUGUCACAUGCACAUGCCUCCUUCUGGGGCCCCAGGGAGCCCCGGGACUCUGGCCCUGAGGAGCCCGCACCACGCGCUUGGACUGAGCAGCAGAUAUCACCCCUACUCCAAAAGCCCCCUGCCCACCCCCGGUGCCCCAGUGCCCGUGCCCGCAGCCACUGGGCCCUACUAUUCCCCUUAUGCACUGUACGGCCAGAGACUGACUACAGCGUCUGCGCUUGGAUACCAGUGA